GCUGUCCAACCCACAGAGGCUUGAAUGAGGAAGUGGCUACACACUGAUACGUGUGGCGAAUAGGACAGCGGUGAAAAAGAAGAGCGCCGGCAGCCAUGAAGUUUCGACUGCACUUUGUGGUAGACCCCAUGGGCUGGCUGUGUAUCAGUGUGGUGUUUGGGAUCUGGCUCUACAACACUUUCUUUAUUCCCAAACUGGUUCUACUUCCGCACUACAAUGAGGGACACAUCCCCUGGGCGAUUGUUGUUUGUUAUUACAUCGCAUCAGCACUGUGCAUAGCGGCCCUAAUCAGAGCUUCCACAGCAGAUCCUGGCCGUCUUCCUGUGGACCCCCACAUACCUCACUCUGAGCGAGAGCACUGGGAGUUGUGCAGUAAGUGCAACUUAAUGAGACCUAAGAGGUCGCACCACUGCAGUCGUUGUGGCCAUUGUGUACGCAGAAUGGACCACCACUGUCCUUGGAUCAAUAACUGUGUGGGAGAAGACAACCACUGGCUCUUCCUGCAGCUCUGUUUCUACGCUCAGGUCCUCAGUUUGUUUACCCUGGUGCUGGACUUCUGCCAGUACUAUUACUUCCAGCCGCUGACAGGACUAGACCAGGAGAAGUUUACAACACGCCAUGAACUGGCUCUCCUGAGAGUCUCAACGCUCAUGGGUUUGGUCAUGUUUGGCGGCAUGACUAGCUUGUUUUACACUCAGAUGACGGGCAUCCUCUCUGACACUACCACCAUUGAGAAAAUGGCUCCCUUCUCCAAUGAAAUAUAUGGCUCAAAGAGGUCCUGGCAGUGGGCACUAGCUGAAGUUUGCGGCACUCGCUGGAAACUACUGUGGCUCAACCCGCUCCGAAGCAGGCAGCCGCUCCAAGCCACCCACCACUUCCGCACCCACGUGUAGGCCAGUAGCACUACAAUACCCCCUACCUGCACAGAUAGUAGGGGCUGCCAUGCUAAGAAUCCAUCUGCUCGCCUUCACCGUCCUCUUUUGUGCUAUGGGAGCUGGGCAGCAGUCUUGGUUGGUCAGUGGAUACUUGAAGCUUUUUUUCUUUUUCUUUUUCUUUACAAUGCCUGGACUGGCAGUGAACAGGGUCAAGAAACACCUAAGGGAGUGACGGGAAACACUUCUUUUGCUCACUGUCACUGCUACUUUCAGCAAUUGGUGACAACUUUUAAUGGCUACUUGCAUCAUAAGGGUGGAAGUCUUCACCUGAAAGAAGCUGGCGAAAGGGACCCCUCUCAGGUUACUUUAAUAAAGAGCCUUUACUACUGACCUUUUAAUCAACUACAGACAGAACUAGGGUAACUCCAGUGUGUAUAUUAGAAAGGCAUUUUUUUGUAUAAAGGGUGUGCCUUGUUUAUUUUAACUACGUCCUUUUUAUUUGUCAUGCAUGAGCAGUGUUUUUGUUUUAUAUUUUAUGGUUGGUGAUCUUCUAGUAUGGAAAUUCCUUGUGAAUAGCGAAGGGAUCUGGCAUCCACUGCAAUCCUUUAAUUCGUGAUCGUUUGAUAAUUCAUGAAUGUUUUCUUGCAUUGUUCCAUGAACGUUUUAUCUAUGAAGUGAUAAGUGAUACUUUUAUGACAAAUGACCAGCCUGGUAUAAAGAUGUGUAAUAGCGAGACGACAGUUAACACUUCACUAUGCCAUGGUAAGAGUCCAAAGUUAGAAACAAGUUUAUACUAUAAAUCUUAGGCUGUAUAUGUCGUAGAGACUCAAACCUGCUGUAUAAUCAAGUUGUUUCUCUGAGUAUAACAAAACAUUCCACAAUCAAUUAAUAUCAUGACCUGAUUAUAACCUGUUGUGAAAUCUUUAUUGAAGGUGCUUGAGUGUCACAUGCUAUCCUCAAAGACAACUUAAAUCACUGUUCAUCUUAAAAGAAUAGUUUGACAUUACAGUACACUUUUUCCUCGCUUUCUUGCCGAGAAUGAGAUGAGAAGAACAAUGACACUCUCGUAUCUGUGCGCUAAAUAUGAAGUUACAGCCAGCAGGUGGUUAGCUUAGCUUAGCAUAAAUACGUAAAACCCCUGUAAAUCCACAACGUGUCUUUUUAUACUUUUAGACAGAUCCAGGAUUGCUACCGCCUCCUGGUUCCUGUCUUUAUGCUAAGCUAAGCUAACUGCCUGCUGACUGUAGCUUUAUAUUUACCAUACAAAUGUGAAAGCAGUAUUGAGCCUCUCAUCUAACUCUUUGGCAAGAAAUACAAUAAGUGUAUUGCCCAAAUAUCAAACUGUUCCUUUAAAUCAAUCUGUUUAUCUUAAGUCUGCUCUAUCAACCAUCGCACUUAACAAUGCAUGACUUUUGAACACAUCUUUCAUGUUUGUACUCCUGACAAUAUAAUUUGGGAUUUAUGCUAUCAGUUUAGUGCUGCAGCUGUUAUAAUGAGGUGGUGAAUGUGUCUAAACAAGUGGCUUUAUGAAUGCAUAUCUUUAUACAAAAACUAGCAGAUUAGUCUAUGCGUGGUGACAUACAGCUAGAUAACACCUGCUAUAACACUGACAAUUUAUUUAUAACCCUAUGGUACUGUUGAGAGAUUUUAUUGAAUACUUUAAUGGGAUACUUAAGGAGAAGAUGAUUCAGUGCAUAAUAAUGCUAACAUAGCGGCGUUGUCGUUGUCUAAAAUACUUGGCAAUCCCAUAGCUAAACUUGUACAUAAAAAAAAGCUUGCCAUUUGUGGGAAAUAUUACAAUAUCCAAGUAGUUUUAAGUGCCUUUCUAGGUCUUCUUUUGACUCUCAUGGUACAUCAUCAUCACAUUAGUUUCCAUAAAAGCCAAAGACCUGGGGAAAUGUUGCAAUAGAUGGCAAGCAUUCAGUAAAUGCAUGUUUCACCAAAUUUCUGAAGGUAGCGGUUCAAUAUUAUGCACUGAUUUUCACAUUAGCACACAGUCUCUUUUAAUGCAUCAAUGGUACUCUUGAAAGAAAGUCUUAAUGUGACAUUUUUUGUGAUGCGAAUCCUUUGUUUUAUGUUUAAUCCGAUUGAUCACAUUUGCACGGGUGUGUGUUGGUAAUUUUGCUCAGUGGUUUUUAUAACUCAGAUUCAGGUUCUUGGAUGUUUGUGUGAAUUAUUUUUUAUACAUUUUUUAUUUUUUGGGCGGUGGUAUAGUGGGUUGGCAAAUGUGUGUGAUUUCAUUUUUUUGAAAGCAAUAAGCAUUGUGUAUCCGUAAAUCUUUAUUGUUACAACAGUAGUGAAAAUCUGAAAUGUAUUGUGAAGUAUAUAAACUGGGUGGGUGAGUUUCACUCAUUACUCACAAACCAGUGAUUACCUGAUUUUAACAUUUGUCAAUACUUCAGUAACCUCAGCCAAGAUUAACACUACUGUAGCUGCUGUGUAUUGUUUUACACUUUAUUUUCAUGAUUACAUGUCAGCCUCAACAACUCAUGUUAUUAGGAACAGGAUAACAGAAAGGCUUGGUUCAUUUGAUUUGAAUUGAGAUCUGCAGUAGACUGGAGGUGUGAGUAUUUCAGGCCCUGCUCACUCACUUGCCUUCACAGCCGUUAUCUGGUGGCCCCAGAGCUCUCAUUUUGGGUCUGUUCAGUUUUGUUCACAUUGCAUUUGCUGAUUUUGGAAUGUGUUUUCAAGCUUUACUUUGUUUAAUUCAGACCUCAAACACUAGAACAGUGACGUUUUGUAAUAUAAAUCAAUACACCAUAUAUAUAUUGGUGAAAAAGCCUAUGAUUGUCAAUCAGUAGUGUUAGAAAACUGGAUUAAUUGUGAUUAUAUAAAAUAUCAUAUAGGUAUCAUCUUCUAAUAAAUUAGAUUCUGGAUUUGA